AUGGCUACGGUGGUUGUAGUUGCAGACACGGUGCCUCGCCUCACACCGGCCGAACAACACCGCACCACCGAUCGGGUCAUUCAACACCACGCCUUCACCCCACCGCUUCUCCGCUCAUACUUUGGCGAAGGUGAACUGCAGUAUUGGACCACAUCCGGCUCCACCGUCAUCACAGAUCAUUACGUCCGCCUCACACCAGACCGCGGAGGCCAUGUGGGGCAUUUAUGGAAUACAGAAGUGUUGGAUAUGCCGUCAUUUGAGAUUGUGGUGGGUUUUCACGUACACGGUGGACGUUCGGGUGGGGCUGAUGGAUUUGCUUUGUGGAUUACAACAGAAACUCCCGUCAUUAAUGGACCUCUUUUGGGAAGGCCUAUGAAGUUUACAGGAAUUGGUGUGAUAUUUGAUACCUAUGAUAAUGAUGGAAUGCGAGAUAACCCGGCGGUGUAUGUAUUAUAUAAUGAUGGAAGUAACCCCGGUAGACAGUAUCACCCACAGAAUGACUACAAGGGAGAAUAUGUAGGGAGUUGCCAAUAUAAUUUCCGGCAAAGCUCUCAAUAUCCCUCUACUGCCCGUUUACAUUAUGUGGGAAAUGUACUGCAAGUUUAUCUCUCACGUACAGGAGAAGAAGAUGAAGUGCUGUGUACCACCGUUGUGGAUGUACACCUGGAUACCAAGAAUAAGGAAUAUUAUAUUGGAUUAAGCGCAGAGACUGGUGGAGUGACGGAUAAUCAUGAUAUUAUCUUUGUACACACUAUGCCAGUGGAGGGAGAGAAGUAUGAUCAUGAUGUGUACGACACCACCACCUCUAUUGAAGAGGCAGAUAAACACAAAAAUGAUAAAUCACAGUACGAACGUCAUCUAGAAAGGGAACGAGAACGUCAAAUGCAGGAUGAGCUUCACCAGAAGUAUCAAGAAGAACUCCAUCAACAACAACGACAAGAACGUUUAAAAGACCAACAACAUGAAGGAGAACAAGAACAACAACAUGAAAAACAAGAACACCAUGAAGAACAACAACAACAACACCAUGAGAAACUCUCCGAACAACAGCAAAAAGAUCUCCAACGUCAAGAGGAGCAGUUAGAGGAGCUUCGCCAGAAGUACCAAGAACAAAUAGCUCAGAAACAACAACAACAACAACAACAGCAACAACCCUCACAAGAACAACAGCAGCAGCAGCAACAACAACAACAACCCUCACAAGAACAACAACAGCAAGGACCACAACAACAACAACAACCACAACAACAAGAGCCGCAGGGGGAAAAACAAACGAGAGAUCAGACCCAGGGGGCCUCAAAUGAGCCGAAGAAGACAGACGGACAUCCCGAUGAAUCUCAGGGCAAACAGGAGUCCCAACUUAGUGCCGAUCAGUUGCGUCUGAGAGAGUUGGAGCGUCAAUUAGAGGAAAUGCGACGUCGUCAGCGCCCCGCACGUCGUGAUCGCCGACACGCCAGAGAUGAUGAAGAACACGAGGAGGAGGAACAACACUACGAGAGGAAAAAAUAUCACGACGACGAUGAGGAAGAGGAGGAAGAAGAAGACGAUCAUGAGACCAUCCGAAAAACUGUGAAGAAGGGCACCGGCAAGAACAGAAGAGAACCAGCAGACGAUCAUGCCGCUGAGGAUGAGAGAUAUAAUAGAGACCACGACGAGGAGGAGGAUUUAGAUGAGAGACGCCAACGGUCCACACGCAGAAAGCGCACGAGGACCUCACGGCCUACACGCAGUCGACGACCUCGAGAGGAGUGA